CAGACGGAAGUAGAGUUUCCCUCAGUCCUGCAGCAGUGUCCGGUGGACCUAGGUGGGAGGGUUUUUUCUGUUGGUUGACGUUGUCGGUGUUCACUGUUUGGAAUCAGUCAAGUUUCGGGAGUCACCACCGCUGCUAUCAACAUGUCGGUCCCAAGCGCACUCAUGAAACAACCGCCCAUCCAGUCUACGGCUGGGGCCGUUCCAGUUCGCAAUGAGAAAGGUGAGAUUUCAAUGGAAAAAGUGAAGGUGAAACGUUAUGUGUCAGGAAAGCGGCCAGAUUAUGCCCCUAUGGAGUCCUCAGAUGAGGAGGAUGAAGAAUUUCAGUUCAUUAAGAAAGCCAAAGAACAAGAAGCAGAGCCUGAGGAACAGGAGGAAGAUUCAUCUAGUGACCCCCGUCUGCGACGACUGCAGAACCGUAUUAGUGAAGAUGUAGAAGAGAGACUGGCUCGACAUAGGAAAAUAGUGGAACCUGAAAUAGUAGGAGAAAGUGACUCAGAAGUAGAAGGAGAUGCUUGGCACAUGGAGCGAGAAGACAGCAGUGAAGAAGAGGAGGAAGAAAUUGAUGAUGAGGAAAUAGAACGGCGGCGUGGCAUGAUGCGUCAGCGAGCACAGGAGAGAAAAAAUGAAGAGAUGGAAGUAAUGGAGGUGGAGGAUGAGGGGCGUUCUGGGGAGGAGUCAGAAUCAGAGUCUGAGUAUGAAGAAUAUACAGAUAGUGAAGAUGAGAUGGAGCCUCGCCUGAAGCCAGUCUUCAUUCGAAAGAAGGAUCGAGUAACAGUUCAAGAACGCGAGGCUGAAGCAUUAAAACAGAAGGAGCUGGAGCAGGAAGCAAAACGCAUGGCUGAGGAAAGGCGCAAGUACACACUCAAGAUUGUAGAAGAAGAGACCAAGAAAGAGCUGGAAGAGAACAAGCGGUCCCUGGCUGCACUGGAUGCACUCAAUACUGAUGAUGAAAAUGAUGAGGAGGAAUACGAGGCAUGGAAAGUUCGGGAGCUAAAGAGAAUCAAGAGGGACAGAGAAGAUCGAGAAGCGCUUGAGAAGGAAAAAGCAGAAAUUGAACGCAUGAGAAACCUGACUGAGGAAGAGAGACGAGCUGAGCUUCGAGCAAAUGGAAAAGUCAUUACCAACAAAGCUGUUAAGGGCAAAUAUAAAUUCUUACAGAAGUAUUAUCACCGGGGUGCCUUCUUCAUGGAUGAGGAUGAAGAAGUAUAUAAGAGAGAUUUUAGUGCACCUACCCUGGAGGAUCAUUUCAACAAAACUAUUCUUCCCAAAGUUAUGCAGGUCAAGAACUUUGGACGCUCUGGCCGUACCAAAUACACCCACCUUGUGGAUCAAGACACCACCUCCUUCGACUCAGCAUGGGGUCAAGAGAGUGCCCAGAACACAAAGUUUUUUAAACAAAAGGCAGCUGGAGUACGAGAUGUAUUUGAGCGUCCUUCUGCUAAGAAGCGGAAAACUACCUAGGAUUCAAUUACUUAUUCUUCCAACUGUGGGACAUAAGGGAAAGUCUCAGCACCUGGUCCUUGAUUUGAUUUUAUCAUUAUUUACGUGGCCACCUACUGCCAUACUUGGGACACCAGGCAGUCCAGCUUUUGAGGAAGGUACUUUGUGAGGUUUGGACUCAUGUUGAGAAACCCACAGAAAAAUACUAUCCAGGAAGGAAUAGAAGCUAAAAUAUCUUAUGCUUCAUCAAUGCUAUAGCUUCCCAUAUUUAUUUGGGACUUUUCAAUUUCUUUUCCCAGGCCCUUAGCUUGGGUCAAAAACAUGUCCAAAAACAAAGUGGACAGUGCAUUACUCUGCCUUAGGGUUAGAAGUAAUACAGCAGGAAGUCUUAAGUUCAUUGAAAACCUGUUUUGCGUUUCUUGGUUGGAGUCAAUUUUUUAGGUGAACUGAUUUUUUUAUCCAUUUAUGUAUGUCUGUCAAGAAAUAAAAAUCACACACCAAGAUUUUUUAGUAUACCAGAAAUAAAAUGUGCAGGUGGCAGGUGUCUGCCUGUUAACUAAAAUAAAGAACAACAGGGAAUUAUCAGACAGAGGAUGUUUCACAUUUUGAUCAUUCCCUUUGAUCUGAGACUCAAAGGGUUUAUUCUAAAUAGUGCCCCGAUUGAUUCCAUGAGCACGUAACAGAUGUGUUUGGUUGUCCCUGCUCCCCAACUAUAGCUGUACAUGGAACAAAAAGUUUGACCCAUGUAAUGGGGCACCCAUCUUAUUGAAUCCAAAGUUAAAGAACUGCCAGUACCUUCUCUUUGCCCAGUUAUCAGGGACGGGCACAAAGGCUCUCCAGACUGCAGUGUAGUGGCAUCAUGCUUGAGUUCAGUAAUUUUUCCAUGUAAUGUUUACUAUAUAACCACCAUGCACACAGCAGAGCACUAGGAGCUGUAGGGGUUAUUUAAUCAGUGGAAAGACUGUUUUCUCAAUUGCUUAAAAAAAUGAGAAGACUGAGAUCUUUUUACAUCCUUUAAGUACCCCACUGGGAAAAUCACUCAUAAAGCCUUUAAUGUCCUAGAAUAAAAAUAUGAAUGCAAAUAAUUACUAUGAGGUAAUAAAAGCACAUAAAGAUGAACACAAAUACAGGCCGCUGUUAUAUGCUGGGGUGGUGGGGGGGGGGCAAAUACAAUGUAAAGUUUUAUCCUAGAGCCAAAACGA